UUGACUCUGAGGGCAGAUGAGGCCCAGGACAGGACAGGUGGGCCUGGAGGCCCGCAGGGGGCCGAGUGCCGGCCUCAGGCAGUGCUGGCCGCCGCUGCUGCUGCUGGGCCUGGCCGUGGCCUCCCAUGGCUUGCUGCUCUCCACAACAACACCUCGGAGCGGGGCUCCAGGCCCCGGAACCCCGACAAGAAGCAGCAGCCCUUGGAACCCUUGGGAAAGGUUCCCGCCCAGGACUGGCCCCCAGGAGGCAGGCCCCAGGUGCUGGCAUGGGUUUUGGCCCGAUUCUCGGUCCCCAUGGUUCAUCUUCAGCAAUGGGACCGAGCUGAUCAUCCUAGGUCAGCCCAAGUCCACGCCCUCCAUCACUCUGUUCCCGCCCUCCUCUGAGGAGCUCAGAACCAACAAGGCCACGCUGGUGUGUCUCAUCAGCAACUUCUACCCUAGAGCCAUAACAGUGACCUGGAAGGAAAAUGGCAGCCCCGUCUCCCAGGGCGUGGAAACCACCAAGCCCUCUAAACAGAGCAACAACAAGUAUGCGGCCAGCAGCUACCUGAGCGUGUCGGCCAGCAAGUGGAAAUCUGCCAGCCAGUACAGCUGCCAGGUGACCCACGAAGGCAGCACUGUGGAGAAGACAGUGGUCCCCUCAGAGUGUUCCUAGGA